AACCCGAGGACAUUUUCGUCCCUGAGCAUUGGAAAAUACAUUUAAAUCCCUGACGUUCCUUAAAAUAAGACCGAUGAGUCCCUCCGUCCAUGAGCCACCCUCAGGGCGGACGGAAAACGCUGAGCUGGCUCCCCCUAUGCUGACAUGGCUCAUCGGCGUGCCCACGUGGCAAGUAAGUGAGAUGGAGGUUUUGAAAACGGGACACAUUAGUCCCUCUAACACAAAACGACGUCGUUCUGCCCUGGGGACAUUAGUCCCUCAAACACAGGAGGGGCUUGAGGAAUUGGAGUUACACACAGCUUUGCCCUGGAGUUACACACACCCCAAUGGUGACGCCACCACCCUCACCACCACCCCCAAUCACCAUAACAACCACCCUGUUCUGACCCUUCACCUCAAAGACCCCAUUUUGGAACAAAAUUCAGACACCCUUUUCACACCAACACCAACAAUGGCUUCCACAAACUCCACCAACUCCACCGACCCUCUUCCUUCCCCUGAUGACAUCGCCGCCAAAGCCCUCACAAAACGAUUCGACGCACUCAUCACAGUUCGAACCAAAGCCAUAAAGGGAAAGGGUGCUUGGUACUGGACCCAUCUCGAACCCAUUCUUGUUCGGAACCCCGAUUCCGGCGCCCCCAAAUCGGUGAAACUCAAGUGUUCUCUGUGUGACUCUGUUUUCUCUGCUUCCAACCCUUCAAGAACAGCUUCCGAGCAUCUCAAGAGGGGCACGUGUCCCAAUUUCAGCACAGGAUUGAGGCCCGGUUCGGUUCCUUCUCCGCUUCCAAUCUCAGUGGUCAACACCGGUUCGAACCAUAGCAACAAUAGCAGGAAGAGGGCUUCACCUGCAUCACCUGUUCCUUAUCAAAAUCAUGCCUUGGCAAUGGUGGAGUCUUCAAAGUUUGGUCCUUUUGGUGGUGAAAUUGGGUACACUCAGGUGCAUGGUAACUCUGUGAACCAGCACCAUCAUCAUAAUCAGCAUCAGCAUCAUCAGCAGCAGCAGCAUUUAGUGCUGUCUGGUGGGAAGGAAGAUUUGUGUGCUUUGGCUAUGUUUGAGGACAGUGUGAAGAAGCUCAAGAGCCCUAAGACCUCACCUGGUCCUGCUUUGAGUAAGGAGCAGGUCAACUCUGCCCUUGAGUUGCUCUCUGAUUGGUUGUGUGAGACUUGUGGUUCUGUGUCUCUGGCCACAAUUGAGCACAGAAAGUUUCAGGCUUUUCUAAGCCAGGUUGGUUUGCCUGCAACAAAUACUUUGAGGCGUGAAAUCUCAGGUCCAAGGCUUGAUGCUAAGUUCAGUGAGGCCAAGGCUGAGUCUGAGGCCAAGAUAAGGGAUGCCAUGUUCUUUCAGGUGGCUAGUGAUGGUUGGAAGAAUAUGAAUUGGUAUAGUUUGUGUUGUGGUGGUGAGAAUUUGGUGAAGUUUGUGGUGAAUCUUCCCAAUGGUACUAGUGUGUUCCAGAAGGCUUUGUUCACUGGUGGAGUUGUGUCUUCCAGUUAUGCUGAGGAGGUUCUGUGGGAGACUGUGACUGGUGCCAGUGGAAGUGUUGUUCAAAGGUGUGUUGGGAUUGUUGCAGACAAGUUCAAGGCCAAGGCUUUGAGGAACUUGGAGGCUCAGAACCAUUGGAUGGUAAAUACUUCUUGUCAGCUUCAGGGGUUCAUUAGUUUAAUCAAGGAUUUUAACAACGAGGGUUUUUGGAAUGAGUUAGAAGCCGUUUAUUCCAUUGUGAAGGUCAUAAGAGGAAUGAUUCAGGACAUUGAAGCUGAGCGACCACUGAUUGGUAGAUGCUUGCCUCUUUGGGAGGAGUUGAGAACCAAGGUGAAAGAAUGGUGUUCCAAGUACAACAUUGCGGAAGGUCCUGUAGAGAAGCUAAUGUGUCCAGGGACUAAUGUGUCCAGAGCAGAACGACGUCGUUUUGUGUUAGAGGGACUAAUGUGUCCCGUUUUCAAAACAUCCAUCCCACUUAUUUGUCACGUGGGAACACCGAUGAGUCAGGUCAGCAUAGGGGAAGCCAACUCAGCGUUUUCCGUCCGCUCUGAGGGUGGCUCAUGGACGGAGGGACGGAUCGAUCUUAUUUUAAGGAACGUCAGGGAUUUAAAUGUAUUUUUCAAUGCUCAGGGACGAAAAUGUUUUCGGGUUAAAAGGUGA